AUGGACGAUUUCAUUGAUGAUUCGGAAUUUGAUGAUCACUUGAAGCGAAAAGAUUUUGAGGAAACGUUGAGGUUGAUAAAUCCACAUUACGAUAGAAAUCGAUGGCGAAUGAAUGAACGUUUGAUUGAUGAUCGCCGUAUGGAGGCAAAUUAUCGUGACAUCACUCGUGAGGAGGUUCGAUCGUCGAGAAUCGGUCUUCUUGAGGAUAUUCGUGAAGCAGAACGUGGCAACAGUUACGCACUCUGA